AUGACGCACCGGCAAAAAGACCGCAAUCUUCUGCGCCGUGUCAUUGAGGCGGCCUUGGACCGCGAGGAGAAGGGUUAUCCUCCGAUGGCAGCACACGCGGCCGCGGCACAUGCAGCGCGUAAUGGGAUUCUGGGCAGUGCCGAUGUGUCCGAUGAAGAGCAAGCCAGACGGCUCACCAUCCCGACAACACACAACGAAUCCCUGAUCCCACCAAACGACAAGCUCCUUGUCUUUCGCUCCCUGACAGGUAUCGACAGCGUUCCCGCUCUGACACAAGCGGGGCACCUCGUCCGCACCGCGCCGAAUGUCGGCAUCUACACGCGAGUCGUGAGCAACGAGACCAAAGCGGCGCGCGCAUUCCGCACCUUCAACUUCCUCAUCAACACCUGUCUGGGCGUGCAAAUCGUCGUAGCAGCAGCCGUGACAGCAGUGGGCGCCGCCAGCGGCCCGCACUCGGCCGUCACGACCUUCGGCGCCAUUAACACCAUCAUGGCGGGUAUCCUGACGUACCUGCGUGGCUCGGGCCUCCCAGACCGGCUGAAGCACUACCAGAACCAGUGGAAGAAUGUCCGCGAGUAUAUUGAGCAGCGCGAGCGCGAGUUCUGUCUGGUGGGAUGUGACCUCGAUGUCCAGGAAGAAGUGUUUAUUGUCGAGAGCAUGUACCAAAACGUCAAGUCGGAGAUGGAAGCUACCAAGAGCUCGGAACACAAGACCCAAACACCGGAGGACCCCCGGAUCCGUCGCUCACUUCUGCCGCCGCGGCAUGAGAAACUUCCUCGCAGCCCUGCGCCGCCGGCUAAUCGCUCGGAGGCGUUGCAUGCGCGGCAGGUCGAGGAACCGGUUAGUCCGAUUACCGUUCCGGAACCGGUUGUUGAAAAGAUCUGA